UGUAAAAGUAGCUCACACGCCAAAAAAGGUUGGAGAUCCCUAAAAUAUAUAAAUAACUUUUGAGUUGUUAACUUUUUUGUUGUUUCAAGUAAGUGAUGAUGGUGUCCUAAAGCCCUCUACGGACGGGCAUACUAGUCCAUGGAGACUCCUGUCUAACAUCAUAUGUUGGCCUGUUUUUGUUGCCUUGAUGUUUUUGGCCACAAGGGAAGAGUAAUGUUAGUGCUCAGAUCAAAUUAGAAUUGUGUAAUGAAGGAAAAGUAUAAAUGAUCUGUGUGACAGGGUUCUACUCAGACAGCAGUAUCCAUCUGAUGAUGGAGAUACAGAUUGGAGUUGAGUUCUGUUUUCCACAACUCAACAGGUCCUGCAGGAGGCCAACACCUCACUGGUCUGAAGCUGUCCUCCUGAACAUCGUAUUGUCCUUCUUCUCUCUGAUCACAGCAGUUCUAAACCUCCUCAUCAUAAUCUCAGUCUCCUAUUUCAGGAAGCUCCAGAAACCUGCUAACAUCCUCAUCCUCUCUCUGGCUGUGUCAGAUUUCCUUGUUGGCUGUUUAAUCAUUCCAUUCGAAAUCUUUAGAAAGACAAAAUGCUGGAUACUCGGUAAUAUCACAUGUUUAUUUUACUAUUAUGUUGCCUCUGUUUCUAUCAGUGCUUCAAUUGGAACCAUUGUUCUCAUAUCAGCUGAUCGCUAUGUGGCUAUUUGUUACCCUCUGCAUUAUCCCACCAGAAUAACCUUACCAAGAAUGAAAUGCUGUGUUUGUCUUUGUUGGAGCUGUGCUGCUUUCUAUGUAACUUUCUUCUUAAAAGAUAUGCUGAUUGAGCCAGGCAGGAGUAAUUCCUGCAUUGGAGAAUGUACAAUAUCUUUUGACUAUUUUGUAGGAACUUUAGAUCUGUUUAUAACAUUUUUAUUUCCAGUUACAGUCAUCAUAGUUCUGUAUAUGAGAGUAUUUGUGGUGGCUGUGACUCAGGCUUGUGCCAUGUACUCUCACAAUAGAAGUGUCACCCUUCAGCUUUCAGUGCAACAACAAACAAAGAAAUCAGAGCUAAAAGCAGCCAGAACACUGGGUGUUCUUGUUGUUGUGUAUCUGAUGUGUUUCUGUCCAUAUUACUGCUGCUUUUAUUUUAUAGAUAGUUUUACAAGUACAACAUUUGUAUCAUUCUUAUUCCUUCUCAUUUAUCUUAACUCCUGCCUAAACCCUCUGAUCUAUGCCAUGUUUUAUCCCUGGUUCAGAAAAGCUGUUAAACAUAUUGUAACUUUACAGAUCCUGAAGCCCGGCUCCUGUGAGGCCAACAUACUGUAGAUACUGUGGACUGAGGGACGUACAACCUCCUGAACAAUUUAAAAUUCUAAAAUCUAAAGUCCAGUGAAGGAGAAAGUAGUUUUCUUCAUUUCCUACAUUAUAAACAUAAAUGUAUGUAGAGAGCAGGGCCGGUUCUAGGCUGGCAUAUUUGAGGGGGCAAACAGAAUUGUGACGGGGGAGGAUUGUGGUGAUAGAAGUAGAACAGGCAUAUUGGUGGUGGAGGUAUUCCAGGAUCUUUUAGUCAUGUUAUUGAAUUGUAUUUUGUUAGACAUUAAUCUUCCCUUGUUUCUCUGUCCCUGAAACCCUUAUUCAUGUAUUCAUCACAUCAUAAAUCAACUACAGCAAUAGCAUCUACAUGGUAUCCCAUCCAAAACACUCA